AUGGUUGAUAGCGAAGAAGUCCUGGAGUUGAAAACCUGUUCACGUUGUCGACGUAACAAGAUAAGAUGCGAUUAUAACGAAACAAAACCCAAUUCGUGUACUGCUUGCUCGAAGCGGUGCGUAAAAUGUAUCGCCGAUUACGUUGUUCCUCAUAAACGUUCUCAUGAACUUAGCAGCAUAGUUCAGGGCGUUAACGAGGUUGUAAAAGUUGUCGAUGACAUUUAUUGUGAGUACGAAAUCAUGGCAAAAGAAUGUGUUAAAGCAUGCGGUGAAGCUGGAAUCGUCAAUGGCGAAUAUUCUUCAAGUAAAGUCUUGAAAGUUGGGAAAGACGUUUAUGUUUUAUUCACCUUGGGUAAAGAAACGUUGAGCAUUAACAAUUGUGCUAUUUCUGUUGCUUCGAUUGAUCGAUGUUUGAAUGACUUUGGUGAACUAGUUGGUGAAAUGUUGAAAAUGUAUGCCACUUGGGAAGCUCAGCAAGAGAUAGUAUCAGACAUCAUCGUUGGUCAAAGAUCAAGUCGGUAUUGUUUGAAAACACUAUUCGAAAAUGAAGAAUUGCCUUUAUUAUUGUGUUUGAUCAAUUUUUAUUUUCAGAUACCUGGGUUGGAUUAUGAACGAACCUUCGAUCUUAUUUUAAAUGAUUUUUGUUCAAUGGCUGUUGAUGAUAAAAAAAGUGGAAUCUGUUAUGAUCGGGCCAGCAUGGCUACAUUCAUCGUCGGUAGAACCCGCGAGAUUGGUGGUACCCACUUCAAUGGUGAAGUGUUUGUUAAAAAACUUACACUUUAUCUGUUUUAUCAUAUUGUGCUAUAUGGCUUCGAGAAAUACAUGACAGCGUUUAUGAGCAAGUAUAUUCGAACCUUGGAACAAGUUCGGAAGAAGAUCAACAUCGAAAAGAAUUGGGAAGUCAAGUGGGUCAAUUUUUACAUCAAGAUAUUUGAUCUUGUUGGAAGUAUUAGUACUCCCAUGGGUUUUGGCAACAUUGAGGUAAAUUUUCUAAAAGUCAUAGAAUUUGACUGUGAAUAUAUGUGGGGUAAAGGUUACAUCGGGACGUUUAGCGAUGUUUGUCGAAGGAAUUUCGAGGAAUUUAAGUGGUUUAUGGAGAUUGGGAUAACGAGGAUACCAUUUUUUAAGAUGUUUGUUGCCCAGUUUGUUUCGUUAAAUUUGGUUCUUGCCGAAAACAAUGAAGGAUCGAUGACGAAUAUAAUUGGGAACCUGGGAUACAAUGGGUUUAAUGUGAAAGAAAGGAAUGAGGAUUCAAACGUGUCGUCGUCUGUUCGAUCUAAUGAACUAGAGCAAAAAUUCAAAAUGUUUGAAAGUUUUGAGGAACGUGAGGUUUUGAGGGUCGUUUUCAGGGGGGUUGCAGAACGAAGCGUUGAAAUAGAAGAUUUGGAUUUGUUUGAGGUUUUUGUGGUUGCAUUGACCGAUGAAGGAUGCGGAAUGCUACGACAGCGUUGUUGUUGUAAGAUAAUUAGAGAUUUGUUUGAGAACGUGGUUGUUUCAUCGACUAAAGAGAGUCUUGAAGUGAGAAAUGUAGAUGAAUGUUUUUGA